GUUCGAGAACUUGCUAACUUCGACUGUAAAGUUAUUUGAAACUGUCAAAACAUUCGACAGAAUAUUUGCAAAAUAAAGAGGAUUAGUUAUCAUUUCUGCCUAAAGCGUGCUAAGUUACCAAGAAAAAUAUCAAUUUCAUAGGUUUAUAGUUAAAUUGACUAUUCAGCUACAUCAUUCAGUGUGAGCGUUUCCAGAAAAAUUUGCUUUGUCAACAUAAAAGACAAUAACACCAGUGAAAUUAUCUCACCAGGAAAAGUGCGUUUAGUGUUUUCGUUUUCCUGUUUAGUUAGAUUCUAGUUCUACGGGCGGUCACGACUGAUUGGCGAACCUGAAGCGCAGAGAAUGGCUGCUGAAAUUAAACCAGCGCCCCGCAGUGCAAAUGAUCGUUUUUGCACCACCAAAAAGCCGGAGCUGCUGAACAAAUUAGAAGGUUGCAAUGAUGACGUGAACGCAGCGCUGCUAAUUCCUGGAGAGGAAGGUGUUAUCAGUGUUUGUGAUGACAAGACUAUUCGAGUGUGGUUGAAGCGUGAUUCCGGCCAGUAUUGGCCAUCCAUUUGCCAGUACAUGCCGUCUGGAUGCACGUCUCUUUACUACACGCCCGAAACGAGAACGUUGUUUAUCGGACAGGAAAACGGCACCAUUUCACAAUUUAUCUUGUCCGACGAUUGCAACAGGUUAACACCGAUCAGGGAGUAUCUUGCUCAUCAGGCUCGUAUUACAAAUGUUAUCUUCGCCAAACACACCGGUUGGAUUUUGUCUGCUGGGCGUGACAAGUUUUUUGCUUUUCAUAGCACAGAGACUGGCGAGCGUUUGGGAUGCUUCACGUUCGAAGCCAUGUGCACUGCGAUGCAGUAUGAUUGUCUUUCGAAGUACGUUUUCGUAGGCGACUACAGCGGUCAAAUUACGAUGCUUAAACUCAGUAACACGGGAGCUACUGUGGUAACAACGAUGAAGGGUCACGCUGGCUCUGUGCGUGCUUUAUAUUGGGCUGAAGGGCCGCAGUUGUUAUUCAGUGGUUCAUAUGAUCAAACCGUAAUAGUAUGGGACGUUGGAGGUAAACGAGGAACUACCUAUGAAUUGCAUGGACACAAUAACAAGGUAUCGGCUCUAACCUACGCCAGCAACACGCAGCAGCUCAUCUCGGCAGGCGAGGAUUCCGUGAUAGUAUUUUGGGAAAUGAAUGCCAUGCGGAAGGUGGCCCCUGAGUGGGUCGAAUCAGACACCUGUCAGUUAUGUACGCGUGCAUUUUUCUGGAACCUGAGGGCAAUGAUCGAUCAGAAGCAGAUUGGUAUCCGACAGCAUCACUGCCGCUACUGCGGAAAGGCGGUGUGCGAUAAAUGCUCGACCAAUCGUAUUAACAUACCCAUCAUGGGCUUUGAAUUUGAUGUUCGCGUGUGCGAAGGAUGCUUCCAGCGACUGAAGAGCGAGGAGCGACCCUCCCUCGCGACUUUCCACGAUGCCAAACAUAGUAUCGUGGCGAUGGACCUGGAUGAACCGAAGAAAAGACUGCUCACCGUUGGCCAGGAUCGCAUUAUUAAAAUCUGGGAUUUGACCUCAAUUUGGCCCUAAGGAACGUCGAUUCCUUGCUUUCCACACGGCCGGUAAGAAUGCGGUUUAGGGUAUUUCUCCCCCGAUUUAUGAUACAAUGAGUUAGACAUUUGGCUUACUAAAUUUCUUGAGUGGAACAUAAUUCACUGUACUAUUUGCACCCUCUCACAGCCAUCGUUAUUAGGGCGUGAAAAGCAUUGUUUUUUCUUCACGAAUAUUUAUGAACGCCUAGUACAAGGGAGUCGUUUAACGAGUGAAGUUUCUAUUGUAGUGGAAGUAAAAGUAAUUGACUUUUUAUAAAUAUAUAAACAGUUAAAAAAAAACAACAGUAAAAGUUUGCGGUACCUAUGUUGAUUUGAACAGUGCUAUAAGAAUUGUAUUGUUGUAAACAAAUUAAUACAUGUAGUUAUUAUAAUUGAAUUCGAUUAUUAACAAAAAUCGCAUACUGAAAGAUUGGCAGGAAGCUUCAGUAAAUAUACCAACGUAUGCGAGGGGAACCCCGUUAAAUGUAACCUAACUGUAAACUUCAACAAUAAAAUAUAACAAUAGUGGAAAAUAUCAAGGCUUCGUAAUUAGCUUUUGAAAAUCUAUUAUAUUCGUAAUAUUGCAUCAGAGCGCAAUGGAGUUUGUUUUAUUUUCAAAUUGUAUUUAAUGUUAUUUUUUUGCAAAUAUACUUUUAAUGCUAGCA